CUUGAUGAUGAUUACCGUCGUGGGGAUCUACGGCAUCUGCUGGCUGCCUCUGCACGUCAUCACCAUCGUUGGCGACGUCAACCCUACCAUCUACGACUACAGCUACAUGAGAACCAUUUGGAUUGGCGCUCACUGGUUGGCUAUGAGCAGUUGUGCAUAUAACCCCAUUAUCUACUGGUGGAUGAACUCAAAGUUCAGAGAAGGCUAUGUGAACAUUUUGACGUCCUUCAGGAGCUGUCUCUCAGGACGGGAUAGGCCCUUCUACAUCAACAAGAAUAGGGGCUACUCCAGCACCGAGGACUACCGCGCCAAGCAGAACGGAGAUUUGGGAAUGCGGGAUAUUGGACGGAGACGAAAUGACAAUUCGCUCACGGAAUCGGAGGAACACAAACAUUCGCGAAUUGUGGAUCCAAAUCUUGAACUUGUUAAGGUUCCCCACAGUGUGUAGAGGUAUGUCACAAAGUGGUGACGUAAAUUGGCUGAUCUUACAAAGUGCCGCAUUGUGUGUUCACGUAUGUCACAGAAAUAUGUUGUAAAUUGCUGAUUUUACAAAGCGCCGUGUGUAAAAGUACGUCUCAAAAUGAUGACGCACAUUGGCUUAUCUUUCAGUGCCGCUCAUUGUAUAUAGUCACAUCACAAAGUGAUGACGUAUACUGGCCAUUCUUUCAAAGUGCCACACAGUGUAUAGAUACGUCACAAAGUGGUAUAUAAAUUGGCUGAGUUUACAAAUUGCCUAAUGUGUUUACAAUGUGUAUAAGUACGUCACAUGGUGAUGAUAUAUAUUUGUUGAUCUUACAAAGUGCCGCUCAGUGCGUAGUAAAACGUCAGAAAUAUGACGUAUAUUUGUUUCUCUAUUUACGUGCUGCUCAGUGGGUAGUGAUGCGUCACACAUAAACUGCUUGAGUUGCUCGAUGUACAGUGUAAAUAUUUGCAAAAGACAUGACCCAGUGAUUGACGUCCUUGUAAACAUGGACAUCACAAAUAUGCUGGACCUAACUAACUGCUGCCUAACUGUGGUACGUCACAGCAUGGUUGACGUAUAUGUUUAUAAUAGUUAGUACCACCUAUUA